GUCGCGGUCCGUAGCACCUGUCGAUCUCCGCCGCGAUGAAUUCAGACGCGGUGUUGUUGCUGGAGACUGUUCACUUCGCCGCGGAGAAACACCGGCAGCAGAGGCGGAAAGACGCGGAGCAGACGCCGUACAUUAACCACCCCGUAGGAGUAGCAAGAAUCCUCAGCCAUGAAGGAGGCAUCACAGAUAUCGAAGUUUUGCAAGCCGCUCUGCUUCACGACACGGUGGAGGACACAGACACCACCCCCGCAGAGCUUGAAGCAAAGUUUGGACCGAUUGUGGCUCGUAUCGUUCAGGAGGUGACGGACGAUAAAAGCCUACCCAAACAGGAGAGGAAGCGCCAGCAGGUGGAGCACGCGCCUCACUGCAGUCACCAAGCCAAACUGGUCAAACUGGCUGACAAACUGUACAACCUGAGAGACCUGAACCGCUGCACACCUGUUGGUUGGACGGCGGAGCGGGUCCAGGAGUAUUUCGUUUGGGCCCGUGAGGUGGUGAAAGGACUCAGAGGAACCAGCUCAGCUCUGGAGGAGAAACUGGACGAGCUGUUCAGACAAAGAGGAGUCCAGCUUUGACAACACAGUCGCAACAGAACAGAUUAUUCAAAUGACAAAUAAAAUACAUUUUCAUUUGUAAAUUAUACAAUUAAAGCACUUUUCAUAUAUGA